AUGCAGGCUGCUCGUAAUGAUGUGAACUUGUCGACGCUGCAGCUUUCUUCGUCUACGGUCGAACAUGCGACCAUCGCGCCCGCCCGGACCGCGUCGUGGGUCCGCAAUCACUCUUCCGCGAACGUCUAUCGCGCACCGUCGCAGGACCAGAGGUUGGUGCCGUCGAUGUACCUCAAAGAUGAAGAGGAGGAUAGAAGGACGAUUGCGAGUCUCCCGCCGAGGAUGCUCAUGAAGUACGGGGACGGGAGACCGGAUGAGAUUAUCUCGGCGGAGUACUAUAUUAAUGGCAGAAAUACGAGGAGGGUGAAGCAGGCUAACGGUCACGGUACGCAAGUUCGUCCAGCGAAACGGCUUCCGACUACGAACGUCCACGCUCCCCCCAUGCAACAAUCGGUGUCCCACCCUCCUUCCACCUCCCGUCACCCUCACCCGUCUUCGUAUAAUACACUGCCGCGUCACACGUCCCAGCGCAGGCCCGCGAGCACGAUAUCCAACGACCCCCUCCCCGUCCCGCCGCCAGGAUUCUCCAAAUCGCUGUCAGAGUCCAGCAACGGUCGCUCGCACGUCCGCUCCUCCUCAGUACCUUUCCCAAACGGGCACCAGCUCGGGAACACCCUCGACACGCGGUUUCUGGAGAGCAGGAGCGUCGGCGGGGACGGGAUCGGCGCGGGUAGCAACGCAGGGGUGCCCGCGAGCAUCCUCGAGAGCACUGUUGGUGGAGGGCGGCAGGGGCGCAGACGCGGUGCUGGUCGCCCCGGACACGCACGUAUGGCAAGCGACAGCGGACCGCGUGUCGAUCCACAGUCCUUCGGCAAUCCCAUCGAUGGCCCCGCAUCAGUAACCGCGGGGAAUGUGAACGCGAAUGAGGAUAAGGCGAGCGUCGCAGGCACCGAGGUCACCAAUGGGUGGUACCUCCUCCCGAGCUCGAGCCAGUUGCCGUCCGCGCGCCGUCAACCGCGCCCACAAAAUCGGCGCACGCUCACGAAGCCCCCGCCCGGUUCAGGAGGGUCGAGGCGUAGCCGCUCGCAGAGCGUGUCGUCUACCAACUCCGCGAAGGGCAAGGAGAGGGAGAAGUCGCCCGUCUCGCCCAUGCAGAAGGAGAAGGGCAAGGGCAAGGAGAAGGAGAAACCGCUCCCUGUACCCCCUGCGUCGUCUUCACCCAAUAUAAACCCCGGCCCGCCCCCGUCGAAUUCGUCGUUUGCGAAUAUGAGUAUGAGUAUGAGUAGGGAUCUACAAAAUCAGCCGGGGCCGGAGCAGAAGCCCCAGCAUCGAGCGAGGGCGUUCUCCAGCCCUAGCGUACCGACGUUCGGGCUAGGGUUCGGGAGGCGGCGGGCGAGUGAGGGGCAGAUCAACGACGCGGAGGGGAAGGGGAGUGGGCGGGGUCGGCCGUUCUUCAGGCGGUUCUUUACUACGAGUUUGGAUCGUGCGAGGGCGAUGGAGGACGUGGAGGCGGCUCGCGCACCCAACCCGAACUCGAGUCACGGCUCGCAUCGAAAGCUGGUCAAGUCGCGCCCCGGGCUGGGAGCCAUACCCGGGUUCGGGCCUGAGGCUGGUCCGGCGAUGUCGAACGGUACGGCGCACUCCCAAGCCACAAGCAAUGCGACCGGGCACUCGCAGGCACUGGAAAGGCCGGGGAUGAGGCCACGGUCGUACUCGCUCGACUCGGGGAGCUUCGUUAUGAUGUCUCCGCCUUCCACGGUUGCGAAUCUCCACCAGCGAUGGCGAGGUCCGCCGACGACGGUCGCGCCGUCGACGUAUAACGGGUCCGAAUAUAUGUACCCGCAGAGGCCGCCUCGGGAAGGGCCUCUGCAGCACUCGAUGAUGUCGAUGGCUGGCGCCAUGUCGGAUAGUGGUCACGGACAUACAGCGAAUGGCGCGAACGCAAUGAGGUCGCCCAACCCCGCCGCCGCGCCCCCAAAUCCGUCGACAAGCCACGGAAGGAGCCAUUCGGCGGCGCAGACCCAGCAGCCGAUGAGUGUUGCAAAGCCACCUUCGAGGGCACCUUCGAUACAGUCCGCGCAUAGGGUUCCGUUUACAGCUAGGGAUUAUGACGUGCACCCCUGGAAGAGUGCGACCAAGCUCUCGCACCUCGGUUUCGUCGUUCGCGGGGUCGCAGCGGACUGUGAGGCCGCCCCUGGUUCGGUCGUCGUCAGUCAGAUCCACCACGCGAGCACAGCCGUCUCGCUCACUGGCGGCGUGGCUCAAGAGUGGAUUCGACGGAGGAAGGGCUCGGAGGGGCAAGCGAAGGCGGAUGAGGCUCCUGUGGCUACCAAUGACGCUCUGCCUCCUGGUUCUCCUGGGGAGGCGGGAUCAGAGAGUCUCAGCAGGCCUGAAGCUGUUCGGUCAAAUAGCUCAGACCACAUUGGCCGUGCAGCACGCCAGAGUUUGGAUGCUGUACCAGCCCCUUCUUCCACUUUCGUUCCUCGUGGGUCGAAUGGCACGCCACCCGGAGCAACAGUUUCGAGAUCUUCCUCCCAGCAGUACUCAAGGACAAACCCCUCCCCACAGGAUCCGGGGCCCAGCAACCAACCGGGUACCCGUUCAUAUUCUGCCCAGAGGGCUAAAGGUCCCUCCCGUUCCGAUUUCGAGAGAUUGUAUACAACGACAGUCCCCACGCCUCCGCCAAAGGAUGUGGCCGCGCCUUCGGCCAAUGGGUCGCGGUACACUGCAUCUAUUGGACCAGUAGAUACAGACUCGAGGUUCCCCAGGCCAUCGCGGGGUCCUGUUGCUCGGUCGGUGGCAGCUGAGAAGCCCAAAACUUCAUCCAGGCAGGAUCAGGUGACGGGGACAGGCAGGCCCCCUGUCCCCACUUCACAGCACCCCUGGGACCCGACGAUGCGUCCGCACUUCUACGAAGAUCGAUCCCGAAAAUCGAUCGGCGGCGCGUCGCAGGUGUCUUGGAACAUGAAGCCUAUCACGAUUACCCGUCCUCCGGACGGUAUAUCGCAGGCGCAGACGACCUAUUACUCGUACGCUUCUCCCCAGGCCGCUGCGCAGGGGCAUCUGGAAGCUUCUCGUCAACACGUCAAUGGGACAUCUCGUAGCGCAACUCAUCCCCCGCCGUCUGCAUCGGCUACCGUGAAUGGCGUUCAUGCAUCUGUUGGGGCACCACAGUUGCAAGCGUUUAGCUCUGCCUACCCUCAAGCCCAUGCUCCGAGAGGGAUGCACCAGCACUCCCCAUCGGCCCCAUCCAACUAUUCCUAUUCGUAUGCUGGCUCCGUGACGGAGAGGCCAGCAAACGGUAAUGGAUUCGCUUCAGGAACUCCGGAAUUGCAGGCGCAAGAAGACUUUGAGCCGCCUGUCAUUCCCAGUCCGUCGAGUAAAAGCCCUUUCUUUAAACGUCUCUUCGCGUCUGGCGCUAAAGGCAAAGGGAUGGAGCCUGGCACGAGCGACAGCGACGAGUCGAAAAAGGCUAAAAAGACGAGAGGUCUUUCCGCUGAGAGCGCUGCGUGGCGUUGACGGGGAAGCCUUG